AUGUCCGGGUCAACGUCCAUUCCUGAUGCCCGGUUCGGCCUCACCUCUGCCGAGAUGCAGAUGGCUGUGCAUCAGCAGCAAAUCGCCCUCCAAGGCAGCCGUGCUGGCAGCCUCGUCUCCCGGGGGAGAGGCAUGGGGAGGAAUAGCAACUCGAGCUCGCGAGCUACCAGUGCAGCCAGCGCGGCCAGCAGUCAUGGCAGGCUGCUGCUUGACCCGGAUAGCUUGCAAGCCCUCUAUUAUCAGCUUGAGAGUUUGUUAAGGGAUAUAAGGCGGAGAAUUGAUUAUUUGAAUGAACAAUCAGAACUCUCUAUUCAAAAUACCUACGAUCGAGCGGGCAAUGUCGUCGCCAAUGCCGAUGUCGAAAUUGCACGUAUGCGUCAAAUAUUGGCGAAUAUUGACGAAUUGGAAACUGAAUUCGAUAAGAUCCGACGUAUCAGAGAUAUCGUAAAGCAAUACAGAUCUAGAGUUGAGAGUCUAGACCACAGGUUGGAUCAGGCUGCCCGCAGACGACGCUGA